GGUGUAAAAGUUUAAUUAUAUUAUAUGGUCGACACUCGACAAUCACCACCUGCCUACCUCGACAAUGGAACGUAACUAAUGGUAACUUCUCAACUUCGAUAUACAUAUAUAUAUAUAUAUAUAUAUUAAUUUUAUAUAAUUACAAAUUAAACUAUUGACCAAAAGAAGAUCAAGAAGAAGAAUCUAAAAGCACGUACGUAAAAAGACUAGUUGUUUAUAAGCGAAAAGAAGGCAUGUGCAUGGCACUAUCUUGUUCUAAGCAAAAAAAAAUAUAAUUAUUGUGAAGAAAUAUCCCAUAGAUUAAUUGUGGGUAGUAAAAACAUAUUUUUUCCACAUAGAACUAGAUUAACUUACCCCCUAGUUUCUUGUUUAUUCUUCCAAUGCCUCGUUAAACCUUAACCUUCGGAUCUUACUCCACCCACGCACGAAUCUCUUAAUUCUUGGUCAAUUCGCCGUUUCAAUCCUUUCAUCUAAAGAUUAACUAUCGUUGUAAAUAGUUGCUACUUUUUUUUCACCUCAUCUCGUUUUGGAAUCAUUCUUUCUGGAUCGAUCUCUACACAAAGAAACACUUACUAAACAAAAGAAGGUAUUUUGACAUAAAUUCGAGUCCAACUAAAUGAAAGAUGGAUCCUCAAGUCUAAUCGCUUAUUUGAAGUUACAGUGUUGUGUUUCUUUCCUACAAAACAUACGUUAGAACGAGUACAUUUGCUCUCUGAUCCAUGCAAAACAUUUUUUUUUCAUUGGAUCUCUCUGCCAAAGAGAAAAAUUACAUAUCUUAUAUCCAAACAAAUAUGCAACAAAUAAACUGUAUAACCAAGACAGAAAGUCGAAUCUCUCUGCAAUAUGCGAGGUUACAAAAACAAGACUUUUCAGGUCACUAAAUGAGCCAACUAGUUACCUACGUGAACAACAAAAACUUCAAAGUAUUCCCUUGCCCUGAAUCCAAAAAAAUGUCAAUCUCUUGAAGUAUAGACCCAAUCUUUGCAUCCAUUAAACCCUAAUUCUGCACUUGUGUAUUAUGACCUUAGCAUCCUCACGAAUCAUGAGAUUUAUGCAAUUGCAAUCGGUCACACUCCAGCAGACAAUCACGGAGGGCCUAUCUCUCUAGCAAAUAUGCGUUGGUUAUUUCUUCAUAACAGUGUCCUCCCGUCAUAAUUAGUCUCCCAUCAACAUCUUAAAGAACGUAACACUGCUAAAUCAUGACCAACCAAACUUGUUGCACCAUCAAAGAAAGCCCUCAAAUGAUUCGAAGGGGAGACCUUAUUCAAAACCAUAGUGUCUUUUCAUAAUUGUCCACACGAAUAUUACCCAACAUAAACUCGAAUUUAGGAUUGGCUUGGAUGCAAAAUAUUAAGGUACCAAAGGCCCCAUUGCUGUUCUUAGAUGGUAAUGGUAUAGACAACCGCGAGAUGCAGCCCAUACUUCACAACUUGGCCCGUUGGAUCUCUUAUCCGUGGUCGGCCUCUAGUAUUGGGCCUUUAGCCCAAAAAUCGCACUCCCGUUGGCUUUUUUGCCACGUAACUCUCAGCCCGCCAAUUAAGGCGGCUGCGCCAAAUAAACUCCGUAAACAUCCCCCCACCACCGCCACCAUCAUUCCGCCAGUCUGAGCAGCGCAUUUUCUAAUCUCUCCACCGUCUCUCCGGUUGACAUCUCCGAACUGCCGAACACAAUUCUCCUCUAGCCGACGAAACCCCACCGGCCGAAGCAGCAUCGCUCCGUCAAUCAAAGGUACGCCUAUUCAUCCGUUGCUACCUUCUCUCGCUGUUCCAUUUCUGUCUUGUUUCUCUCUGCAAUUGAUUGGAUCUCACCUGGAAACCGCAGCUCCGCCGGUAAACUCUUCGCAUCUGCUAGCUAACGUGUAAUCAAUUAGUUUCCAAAUAUAGCUUGGAUUGAUAAUUGAAAUUGGAAUUGGUCCCUGGUAGUUCUUUCCCAGCUCGAUGAAGAACGACAGGGGUCUAUGAAUUGCUGGUCAAAAUCUAGGAAUUCGGAUUGCAAUUGGAAAUAAGGUUUCUGCCAAUUCUGCUCGAUUGAACAAUCUAGGGAUUGAUUUCCUUUUCCCUCGAAUUGGGAAUCGGUGGAUUUUUGUUCUCUUGUUUAACACUAUUUUGGAUCCUGUAGGGGAAGAAGGGAAGAGGUUAAAUAUGGUUAAAGCUUACACACAGGAGCAUGUCUACAAGCAUCCAUGGGAGAGGGUAACAUCAGCAUCAUGGCGGAAGUUCUCCGAUCCGGAGAACAAGCGCACAUUGAACCACAUCCUAGCAGUGGAGACGCUGAACCAGAAGCUCGACCCUCAAACGGGGAAGCUCUACACGACUCGUGCCCUGACCGUCCACGCUCCUGGCCCUUGGUUCUUGCACAAGAUCGUGGGGCAGGACAUCUGCAACUGCGUGGAGUCGACCGUCGUGGAUGGAAGGAACAAGUCGAUGCAGCUCAGUACCCGUAACAUUAGCCUCGAGAAGUUCAUCGAGGUGGAGGAGAGCAUAAGGUAUGAUCCUCACCCGGAUAACCCCAGCGGGUGGACGAUUUGCAAGCAGCAGACGAGCAUUCGGAUCAAGCCGUUGUCUGCCCUGGCAUCGAUGGCCGAGAAGUUGGAGCAGAAGUGCGCGGAGAGGUUCAUGCAGAACAGCGUGAAGGGGAGGGAGGUCAUGGAGAGGAUCUGUAAGUAUCUUGAAUCUGAACCCGCCUCGGGGAUUUCGUUGUAAUGCCUGAGUUACUGAACUGCUGGAAUCAGUUUCUAAUGUUGUUGUUGAUGAUGGGAGAGGGUUUUGACUAGAGGGGAGUGAUAGUGUGAUUAACAAUGCAAGCUAAACUAACUUAGUUUACUUUCCUCCUGGGAAAUGUAGGAAAUUGUUGUUCUUCAUUUUCAGUUCAAUUGCGAAUUUACGAUGUAUUUUGCUUUCUUUUCGAAAGUAAUAGAAUCAUAUCAGCUCGAUCAUCGGUAUGUGGUUGAACCAGGGCGACGAAGUAACAAUCGAUUUGCUAGUUGAAACAAGGUGUGGCAGGGAUGAUUCCGAGGCCUCUCAAAUACUCUGAAGCCUGCCUGCCAAUAACAUUAAACGGGAUUUUACUGU